UUGCUUUCUUGUUGAGAUCAUCCGAGGCGACAGUCAUGGGUACACUCAAGUUGCAACAACUGCGUGACGAACUGGCAGCGACCUUGGCGAAGGAAGCGUCUGUGAGGACCUCCCUCGAGUCGUAUGUCACAAGGACAUCCCCCACUAAGGAUGGGGAGCUUUCGGAGCACGAGCAAUUGCAGGAACGCACCCAAACGUUGCUGCAGGUCAAGCACCAGGGCGGGAUUGAGGCGCUGAGGCGUCAAACCGCGCAAGUCGGCGCGGCGAUCGUGAGUGCGAACGAUGUGGCCGAGAAAAUGACGCGGGAGGUGCGCAAGCUGGGCAAGAUCCAAGAACGAUUGAAGGCGUGCGUGGAGCGCAGCGACUGCAUGUUGCGCAUCCGCCAAUGCAUGCAGCGCUUGAAGGGGGCCAUGACGGACAAGAACUACGUGGACGCGGCCGCGUGUCUCAAGGAUCUGCGAGCGAUCGAAGCCAUGCACAUCCCGUUGGACGUGAGCGACACCCUUCGCAUGAACCAUGCCGAAAGCGACAUCCGGUUUGCCAUCGAAGGCCAGUUGGACGCCGCGCUUCGACACAAGGACACCCGCGAGCUCCUUCGCGUGGGUUCAAUCUUCGAGCCGAUGCAAUUCGCCGAAGAAGGGGUGCAAAUGGUGCUCAAGUUCAUCCACGUGCAACUCCAAGCCCACCUCGACGCGAUCGUAGGCCCGCCCAAUGCAAUCUGGAGCGUUCAGGAACUCACAAGUCAACUGGUGCAGGUAUUCAAUUGCGUGGCCGAAACCACAACGUACUAUGAACCGUUGUUGGUACAGUCGUUUCAAUCUGUGCAAGGCGCCGAUCGGAUGCUCGCGGCCGCGUAUGCCGUCGGCACCCCCGCGGCAGUGUCCAUCUUGACCUCGUACGGGAAGCAGCGGGGGCUACCGGGGCUCUUGGCCAAAGCGCGCGCCGCACUCAAGCCGCCUCUUCCUCCAUCGUCUAGCACAUCUCAACCCCCUCUAUCCCCCCCACCCACCACCACCACCCCCCCAUCAUCUGCGUCGUUCAAAGACGACGAUGAUUUGGAUUUGCAUCCGUACUUGAACGAACUGGUCAUGAUCAUUCAGCACUCUCAAACGUUUGAGCGGUUCAUGCGAGGUCGACAGACUCAUUACGUGGCACACUCUCCAACGACCCCCCAUCGACGUGUGGUUCCCACAGCGCUGCUCCCUUCGUACAACGCCAGCGACCUCAACCAGUGCGUGCAGGACUUAGCCGGGUUCUACUGCUCCCUGGAAGAGCAAUCGUUGGUCUUUGCUGCCAAGAAAGCACUGGCGCUUGAAGAAAUCCGCUCCGUGGUGCUCGACACCGACCAGCUCGUGCCGCUGUCAUCCGUGGUGGACGAAGUAUUCUAUGUGGCGCGGCUGUCCGGCGCGCGGGCACUCGCCACUGGCCACGUCGACAGCGCAUGCGCCGUGCUCAAUGUCGUGGCGACCCUCGUGCAGUCGACUGUGGGCGACGUGUUAAAGAGUCGCGUCCAGAACAAUGUGUGGAAGGAUGGCGCGUCCGGCGGGUUUGGCGGCGCCGCGUUGGGUCUUCUAGCGACGUUCACCCCCAAGCAGUUGCGCGACCACAUGGCCACAACACUCGGGAAAACCAAGGGGCUGACGUCCCCCCCGACGUCCAACCCCCGAUCAUCCGCGUCUGCACUCGGCGGCAAAGGCGGCAUGCCCGCUUUGGUGCUCGCCCCCCCUGUGACCAUGAACAGCUUGGACGCCGUCGGGCAGUACUUGGCGCAACUCCAAGCGUCGUUUGAGGCCCAAGUCGCGUCGACGUUCCCAGACCAACCGCCUCGUCUCAUGUCAUGUCUCUUGGGCCUGGAAGAGACUGCGAGCGAGUUCAAGGCGCUGCUACUGACAUGCCACGACUCGGUCGUGACGGACCUGCUUCAGCCCAAAGUGUCGGCGACUGCCGCGCCGCUGUUCAAGCGCGUGUCAUACGACCUCUCAGACGACCAAUUCACUUUCAACGAGGCCAACGAUCCAUUUGCGCACGUGCUGGUGCAGACGGUGGCGGCGUCCGUCGAGCCUUUCGGCGCGCACUUGUCCCGAGCCAACUUUGUGACGUUGAUGGAGGGCGUGGCGGAGGGCGUGGCCGACGCCGUUGACGCCAUGAUCGGCACCAAGACGUUCAAUCAGCUGGGGGCGAUGCAGCUCGACAAGGAAGUGCGCGUGCUCGCGGCGUUCUUUGGCGACAAGUGCCACCACAGCCCCCGCCACGACCACACGUUUGCCCCGUUGCGACAAACUGCCCUGGUGCUCAAUGUCGACAGUCCUGACGACGUCGUCGAGAUAUUUGGCCGGUCGACCAAGGGCGUCGAGUGGAAGCUGUCGAAGCAGCGGGUCGUCGACUUGAUGCAUUUGCGCGUGGACUUCAGCACCGCGGCGGUUGCCGCCGUCAAGUUUUAGCAACAGGAUUCGAUAUGACGUUAUAAAGACAUGACUCUGUGA